ACAUCUCUGAGCCUAAGUAUCCCUGUCAGUUGAGGGGUCCCGGCAGGACCACCCUGUGGGCGCUGGUGAAAUCCUGGGUUAUGGCAAGCACAGCACCUGUGAGAUGGAUCCCUGUGACAGUGGCUCCUGUUCCUGGGACAGCUUCACUCCAUCUUCCACCUCCUGGCCAUCCUUGGAAGGGUCCAGGCCGCGUGCCAUGAUGAAGACACUGUCCAGCGGGAACUGUGCGCUGAGUGUGCCCGCCAAGAACUCCUACCGCAUGGUGGUGUUGGGCGCCUCGCGUGUGGGCAAGAGCGCCAUCGUCUCCCGCUUCCUCAGCGGCCGCUUUGAGGACCAGUACACGCCCACCAUCGAGGACUUCCACCGGAAGGUGUAUAACAUCCGCGGUGACAUGUACCAGCUGGACAUCCUAGACACCUCGGGCAACCACCCAUUCCCUGCCAUGCGGCGGCUGUCCAUCCUCACAGGCGACGUCUUCAUCCUGGUGUUCAGCCUGGAUAGCCGUGAGUCCUUCGACGAGGUCAAGCGGCUGCAGAAGCAGAUCCUGGAGGUCAAGUCCUGCCUAAAGAACAGGACCAAGGAGGCGGCGGAGCUGCCCAUGGUGAUCUGCGGCAACAAGAGCGACCACGGGGAGCUGUGCCGCCAGGUUCCCAGCACUGAGGCCGAGCUGCUAGUGUCAGGCGAUGAGCACUGUGCCUACUUUGAGGUGUCGGCCAAGAAGAACACCAACGUGGACGAGAUGUUCUACGUGCUCUUCAGCAUGGCCAAGCUACCGCACGAGAUGAGCCCCGCACUGCACCGCAAGAUCUCCGUGCAGUACGGCGACGCCUUCCACGCCCGGCCCUUGUGCAUGCGGCGUGGCAAGGACGUGGACGCCUAUGGAAUGGUUUCACCUUUCGCCCGGCGGCCCAGUGUCAACAGCGACCUCAAGUACAUCAAGGCCAAGGUCCUGCGAGAGGGCCAGGCCCGAGAGAGGGACAAGUGCACUGUCCAGUGAGCGGGCAUGUGGGGGACAUGGGUGCUUGGGCAAUGCUCUAGGGAGGUGGCUAAGCGUACCCGCGGCCCGCAUCCCUCACUAAGAGCCAGUCUGGACCCUUGGCACAGGCAGGAGGCCCCCUGAGGCGCUGUGCCCUGAGCAUCCUGCCUUCUUGCCUGUUCCCCAAGUCCUCUCGUCCCUGCUGUGCCCUGGCCCCAUCUUCCCUGGGGAGGAUGUGUCUCUGGUCACAGGGGACACUGGGGAGAGCAGGAGCCAAGUUGGUGGCAUCUUCUGCCGGCAGUGGAGCCUUGAGAACAAGUCACUGGCAGAGGUCACCAACAUUCUUGCAGGGUGGGGCUGGCGUGAUGGGUUCAUCUGGAGACCCUGCCCUGCCCUGCAGAGUUAGCUCUGGGCUCCCCUCAUCCAUCCAGUGGCCUGAGGGGCCUGUGGUCUGCUUGCUCCUUGGCCCUGCCGGUCCCAUGGCUCCCCAGCCUUCCCCAGGUUCCUCUACCCGACGGUGGCGUCAGGUGUUGGGCAGUGGCCCAACGUGGCCAGGUCCUCAUGCUGCAGACCCAGCAUCUCGGCCAGGGCCUGCUCCCUUCCAUCCGAACAGCAAUGCCCCCCAAGCUGUCUGCCACAGAUCAGGCUGUGUGCUGAGCCCAUGUUGUCCCUGCAGCUGGUGCAGGGCAGAGCUCCACAAGAGCCAGGCUGGCCUUAGUGUCCAAUCCUCAUGUGCUUACUGAGCACCUACUAAGUGCUGUGUCCACCACAUGCUAAGGGCCAGGGCAUGGCCCGUCUACCACUUGCUGCACACAUCUGUUGGAAGAGCAGCAAAGGCUGGGCCGGAGCCAGGGCAGGUGUGGGUACCAUGUGCCCAGCCGGGAGGCUCUGUGCUUGUAUCCCAUGUCAGUGCAAAGGCCCAUGUCAUCAAUUUUGUCCCAGAACCUUAAAGAUGCUUAGCUUCAGGGCCUCGA